AUGCGCGCGCUCACCUACGCGGGCGCCAACCAGACGCCGGUCCUCAAGGACGUCGCGAAGCCCGAGCUGCAGAAAGCGUCCGACGCCGUCGUCAAGCUCAAGUACAGCACCAUCUGCGGGACGGACCUGCACAUCCUGAAGGGCGACGUGCCGACCAUGGCGGAGGGCCGCGUGCUGGGCCACGAGGGCGUCGGCGUCGUGGACGCCGUCGGCGCCGGCGUGACCAGCUUCAAGGUCGGCGACCCUGUGCUGAUUAGCUGCAUCAGCGCGUGCGGCACGUGCGAGUACUGCAAGAGGGGCAUGAACAGCCACUGCGCGAGCGGCGGGUGGAGUCUGGGCAAUACGAUUGACGGCACGCAGGCGGAGUAUGUGCGCAUUCCGAAUGCGGAGAAUAGCUUGUACAGCGUGCCUGAGGGCGUGGACGAGAAGGCGCUGGUUAUGCUGAGCGAUAUCUUCCCGACGGGGUUCGAGUGCGGGGUGCUGAAUGGGAAGGUGGCGCCGGGUGGGACGGUGGUGAUUGUGGGCUCGGGGCCUGUAGGGCUGGCGGCGUUGAUUACGGCGCAGUUUUACAGCCCGAGUGUGAUUGUUAUGGUGGAUGGGGAUGAGAAUCGGCUGGAAGUUGCCAAGAGCUUGGGAGCUACGCAUACGGCGACGCCGGAUAAGGCGAUUGAGGUCGUGAAAAGCGUGACGGAUGGGAAGGGGUGCGAUUCGGUGAUCGAGGCUGUCGGCAUCCCCGAGACUUUCCAUCAGUGUCAGGAGCUGGUGGCGCCGGGCGGUGUGAUUGCGAAUGUGGGCGUGCAUGGUGUGAAGGCGGAUUUGCACCUGGAGAAUCUGUGGGAUAAGAAUAUCGCUGUCACGACUAGACUUGUCGACACGACGACGACGCCGAUGCUGCUCAAGAUGCUGGCGGCAAGGAAGCUACCGGCGGAGAAGAUGAUCACGCACGAGUUCAAGUUCGAGGAGAUGCUGAAGGCCUAUGAGAUCUUCGGGAAGGCAGGCGUGAACAAGGCGUUGAAGAUGUUGAUUGAGAUGUAG